AUGUCGGCCGCUCAAGUUGCUCCCACCAUCCCUCCUCGUCCUGUUCGAGCCCAACAAGCUGCCGCCCACGGCGCUGGGAGGCUGCCUGAUAUCCCUCCUCGUCCCAUCAACAAGCGUCUCGAGCGUUCGCUUUCCCCCUCCCACUACCCUCGCUCUCCUCUGAACGAGCCAUGGUCCGCCAAUCUCACCCGUCACAAGACCAAUGAGCAAGCCUCCGCCGAAGGACUGCCCCGCCGUCCCAGCGUACAAUACCUGCCAUCUCUUGGUCAAGAAGGCAUGGAGUAUGCCGAGAUCAUGGACAUGGAAAGUGAGAUGCAGACGGAUACGCAGACGAGUCAGCAGCCUCCUAUCUCGACUCUGGCCGCGGAUGCCGCCGCACAAACCAGAAAUAUCGCCCAAGACCUCCAACUGCAUGCUCCAAAGCCCUCCCUUCCCAAGUCAAGUGCGACUGCGCAGGUCCAGGCCGUCACCCGGACCGACUUGCAGCAGGCCUCUUCUCACGGUCUUGGGAAGCCGUCGACUCCAUCGCAAGAUGAGGGUGAAGGCCUGCAGCAAGUGAGAACCCGGUCAAGUUUCUCUCGGCCCUCGUCUACAAUCGGCGGCGAACGCCGUCCCUCUGUCUUUGGAGACGAAGAGUCUGGCCCUGCAGAACUAGGUCUCCGAGUCCCCAUCAACCCUCUCUUGGGAGACGUGCAGGCCCCUUCUCCGGCCCUUGGUCUCAGCCCGGCUCAUACAGGCACAAACGGCGACAAGAGACGUCCGACCCACUCACGUGCGAAAGCGAGCAGGGAGAUCUUCACUCCUCCUGGGAGCUAUGGUCUUCAUGGCCAUGGCGUUGCUCCUCAGGACAGGUUUGAAAAGGACUGGUACGCAAAACAUCCCGAGGUUGCCCAAAUUGAGGAAACCCUUGGGCACGGAGUCUACGAGAGCAUCGGAAGUGGUCGCGGUGCUUUCGCUUUGAGUAGCGAUGAUCUGAACAAGAUUGUGCGGGAUACGGCUAGCCGGGGAUCAGGAUUUGGAACAACAGGAACAACCUUUUCGUAUCCUGAUGAACAAAUUGGAUACCUGGCCUCCGACAUCUACGUCUCCAGGUCCCAGCAAAACACUCCAAACAGCCUCGCGAAGACCCUUACCAAUACCUCCCAACCGGCCCUCGAGUCCCCACUGAGAAAAGCCAGUUUCCCGGCGAACGAUACCAUCCCGGCUGAAGUCCGUCGUGGCCGACUUUCGGUUUCCAGUAGGCAUGAUGACCACGAUGCGGUCGAAAGUGAGCAGGAGGGAGAAAUCCAUAUUCCGGCGGGUCGACGCUUUAACAAGAUUACGGGCGGCGAGGAAAGCAUGAAUGAAUCUCUGGAAACUCGGCCGCUAGUCCCACAGUCAAGCCAGGAAGAAGAGUACCUCCAGGAAUACGGCUACACUGCGCCAAUCCUGGCAGCGGACGAGGUCGCAAAGGAAGCCGGCUGGGAACACCUCCAGCCAGCAGUCUCUCCCAAGCAGGAACGGCGUGGAAGUCUUGAGCCCGCAAGCGGUGAAGUUACCCCCGGAUCACGCCCACCGAGCAGACCCACCAGCAUGUACAGUCUCCACAGCGCCAAUCAUUCUUUGUCCAGAUUCAUUUCACAUGCUGAGGAACGAGACACCAUGCACACUCCGCUAGAAGAUGUACAUGAAUACGAACCACUAUUCCCCGAGGAUGACGACAAGAAGCCGAUCAGUUACUCUGAACGGUUCAAACAGAGACCCAAUGCUCUACAGCGGCGAUUCCCUAGCCAAGACAUCUGGGAAGAUACCCCAAGCAGUGCCCUCUACUCCGCCACCGUCUCUACGCCAGAUCUUCCUGCUAAGGCCGAGGAGGGUGUUUCUGCUUCCAAGACAUUUGAACCUCCAGAACAGGAAGCAGCCCGAAAGGAAGAACCGUCUGAGCAAGAGAAGGCUAGGUUGAUUCCAAAAGAACAGAGGCUGGCACAGUCUCGCUUCGCGCCUCACCUUCGUGAUGACAUGCCAACCCGACCCGGUAUGGUACCCAGAUUCCCCAGCCAAGAUAUAUGGGAGGAUAGUCCUGACAGUCACCAUCUUGUUACAACCAUCUCCAAUCUGCCCAAAGAAGAGCAGCCUGAACCAGAAACCUCGCCAGAAGUCCCAGCGAAGCCAAGCAUUCCACCACGUCCUGCUAAGAACAGGUUAGGUGAAGGGACUUCGUCUGCUCAGGUCGCACCGAGCGUGCCACCCCGGCCGCAGAAAGCACUCGGCACUGUACCACCUCUGGGUGUUCCCCAAAGUGACGCGGCUAAACCGAAGGAUACCUCCCCCACAGAGCUGAAGAAAGUUCCCAGUAUCCCCGAUCGACCGAAGCCUCAAAUUCCGGCUCGGCCAGCAAAGAAACUUGCCGGAGAAGGGCUGGCGAAGACCAUUUCAGGUGGUUCAACAGGGUCGGUUGAGCAGGAGAGGAUUUCGCCUCCCGUCGCCAAAGCUAAGCCACAGGUCCCUGCCAGACCUAUUCCAGGCAGUAAAAUUGCCAAUCUGAGGGGGAACUUUAUGAACGAUCUCAAUCAGAAACUUGGCUUGGGACCGCCCAAGGAGAAGGAGCCAGAGCCAGAGCCAGUGGCCGAAGAGGCGAAACCUCUGGAAGAUGCGCGAAAAGGUAGAGCGCGUGGCCCUCAAAGACGAGCACCAGCCAAGUCUCCGGCUGCUCCGGUGAAACCCAUGGGGUUCUCUAUGUUUUCACCGCGUGCUUUGUGGACGAUUGAUGACGUUGACGAGCUGAACGUCACUUCAAGCGAAACUACCGCUCCUGCGUCCACACUGAAGGAGGAGGAAUCUGGAAACCUGGACGUUUCAGGGGAGAAGGCUGAGCAGCUUGAAGACUCGGCUCCGGCAGAAGAGCCUUCGCCGGCCACUAUUGAUGUAACUGAUCAUGCUGAAACUAAGCCCACCGUUCCCGAGACGAAGGUAGAGAGCCAACCGGCACCAAUGGCGACUAACCUAGCCACAAACACUGCUGGGGAACUUGCAGACCCGGACCCUACACUGGGGACGCCCACACAGGAGAAGUCCAAUCCUCUGAGCCGGAAUGAAUCAGAUGAGAAAGACGACAAGGAAGGUGAAGAGGUUGGCCUCUCUCAACGCACGACGGCAAGCAGUACUCAGGCGUCAGGAUCGGAACUGGAAAGGGAAGAGCCGAAUCCAAAUACUGAUGCGAUUCCUGUGAGCAAGCACACGACCGCAAGCACACUUGGGGACACGGUGCCUUUGGAGAAGAGCCCAACCCCAGAUGAACCGAGGACGUUGAGAAACACGCUACCAGAAGGAGAGCCAGGGAACACGAUGAGAAACACGUUACCGGAAGGAGAGCCGGGGAAAGCGAGCAUGGAGGAGGUCUAG